GUGCGUGUGCGUUGUGGCUCUUCGUCGCUGCAUUGUGCGUGUUGUUCUCGCCGCUCCCUGUCGACCUCCUCCGUCCGCCGUAUCCCGACUUGCGAGAUGGACCUCGUGCAUUAACUGGAUAUCUACCCGCCGCAUGUAUAGCAUAUAUUACGAACGCGAUCCCGAUCGUUCUGCUUGAACCCCCCCCUCUUCCCCCCAAAUCCUACCCUGGGCGGUUGCGAGUCUGGCUGUGGACGUGGACCAAUCACCCCCGGACUCCCAGUUUCACGAAAUUUUUGGCCUGCACGACCUGCGAGUCCCGACAAAACGCACUCUGCGGGAGUGUCACAGCGUCGAUACAUAACCAAAAAAGACAAAAAGAAAAUAAUAAUAAUAAAUUAAAAACGAAAGAAUCUGCCCUCUUCCCCAUAUUUUCUAGACGGGAAGAGAGCUGUGUGUCCGGGAUUUCGAUUUCGUCCUGCUACCCUAUCCCAACACCACGGAAUCGGGCUUCCGCACAUUUCUCGACAGCGACGGGCAGUUCUACCACGCACACUCACUUCAUUGGCCGCCCCUCAUCUGCACAUCGCUUUUGUCAGACAGAAAAUAAAGCAGGGGUCUUCCCUCAAACUGGCUCGACCGAAUCCGUCUGUCGGUGCGCAACUCGAACUGGCUCUGUCCACCCUCGUUCUGCAUCUUACCGGCACAUCGGAUUAGGGGGAAGGAUAAAUACUACCUGCGUCUGUUCGUCAAAGAUGUCGGAAUCUGCAACUUCUGCCAAACCGGCAGGCUCCAAGGAGGACGGUAUCUCCAAAUACAUGAGACGCAUGAAGACCGUUCUCAAAGGUGGCACUCGUUCGAACAGGAAUUCUAUCUCCAGCUUUGCCGAUAUCACCGGUGAUUCAAGCAAGGCAAAGGCGUCUACCUCUUCCCCUACUGCCAAAGCGUCUGCGACUGUCACCACCGUAACCAAGAAGGCGGAAUCGAUGAGUGCUCAGGAGAAGACCAACAGGUGGAGCUCCAUGCGGGAGGAGAAAGCUCGUGCCCUCUUCGCCAAGUACGGGUUGACUCUGGAGCCUGGCGAAUGGGUAACUCCACGAUCCGCGAAGGAGAAUGUCGACCGGGUCGAGAAGCCAAUCCGUAUGAGGGUCCGACGCAAUUGCCACCGUUGUCUAACCACGUUCGGUCCCGAGAAGGUCUGCGUCGGCUGCAGUCACAUUCGCUGCAAGAAGUGUUUCCGCUACCCUCCGGCCAAGUCAAAGGAGGAAUGUGAGGCAAAGGGCAAGGCUCGGGAGGUGGAGAAGAUCGAAGAGAUCCAACCCAAGGAGAAGAAGUUCGUCUUGACGAUUCCAUCUCGGACCGGUGGUCAAGACCUUGUUCGCAAACCUAUCAUGCAACGCGUCCGGAGAACCUGCCACAUGUGCUCUACGCUUUUCAUCGGAAGUGCGACCGAAUGUCAAAACUGCCACCACAUCCGCUGCAAGAAAUGUCCCCGUGAUCCAGCCAAGAAACACAAGUAUCCCGAUGGAUAUCCAGGUGAUGCCGAACCACCGUAUGAGCCGCCGGAACGAGUAUGGCGAAAGCCUAGGCGCAGAGUACGAUGGACCUGUCAUUCCUGCUCGGCUUUGUUCCCAAGCGGCGAGAAAAUCUGUCCUCAAUGUGAACAUGGGCGUUGUCAGGACUGUACUCGCGAUCCUCCUAAAAAGAUCAAGCCUGAGCCUGAUCCGGAACUCCUGAGGCGUGUGGAAGAGAGAUUAGCGGCACUUGAUGUAUCCUAGCAGCACUGCUGAUUUCCCAUCUCAUGUCUGGCUUAUGAUGAUUACCCCUUUUUUGGUUUUGAUUGUCCCUGUUCUCUUAAUACUGUUUGAUCCCUUCACCCCUUCAGCCCCCCCAACAAUCUCCCCAAGCACCACACUUCCCUCGCUCCACGAAUUUUGAUGAUCUAACGGCUCUGAGUGCGUUCUUCGUUUCUACUCCCUUUCACUUAAU